ACUCUAGUAAACAAAGCAGGACUGCGGAGAGUUCACCCCGUGUCACGGUGCUCCCUGCUGUAGUGUGUUACUGGUGUUAUAAUGGGCGGACUGGUGACCCAGGUAUCUCUGUGUGUUUCCGACAGGCUCACACAGGUAUACUAGUCAGGCAGGUUUGGACGGGAAGCCCUUUUGUUCACUUUCUUUUUUAAAGGCGAUGUAGGCUUUUGGAGAGUUAACAUGAAGACAGUCACACCUGUAGCGCUUCUACACCUGUGUUUAUGUGUGACAGCUGCAGUUUCGGGUAGUGGCUCCACCGAAACGGCCCUGACAGCCGAAAAGGGAGACGUCGUUAUACUUCCGUGUUACACCCUCGGUAACGUAACACCGACUUUAACGUCAUGGAUAAAAAACGGAAAAGAAGUUGUUCAAGGUGGCAUUUAUUCGCCGAGCCCUUCCCUCGGACAGCGCCUCGCAGUGCUGCAUGACGGGAGUCUGAACAUCCGGGCAGUGUUACCUAAGGAUGAGGGCACCUACCUGUGCAACUCCACGCUGCCAGGCAACAACAUCUUUCACGCAUGUGUCCUGCUACAAGUAACAAAUGGUCCAGAAAACGUGUCUUUGUCGAUCGGUCCAGUCACCGCCCUGUCCAACGGGACCCUCAUCGUCUAUCGGGGUUCGACAGUCUCCUUUAACUGCUCCGGCUCCUCCUACCCCUCCCAGCAGCUGACCUGGGCCUUCAGAGGAGCGGGGUCCAGCAACCAGUCGCUGGCCUCCGCCCCCGGACCCUGGCUGGACUUCAGUAUCCAAAACGUCCAGCCCAGCGCUCAGGGAGUCUACAGCUGCAAGGCCAACAACACUGUAUCUCUUCAGGCAGCCAAUAAGAGCACAGAGCUGCUGGUAUACUAUGCCCCGGACCGACACCCUGAGUGUGUGUGGGACCCGGCACAGGACCCCUCCCACGUCCUCUUCAACUGCACCUGGUUCGGAGCGUACCCCGCCCCGACGCUGCUCUGGGGGGAGGACCAGGGGGACCAGGCGGCCGGCUGGAAAGGACACGUUUAUAAGUCGGAGGUGACAGAGAGCCUGUCGGUGGUGCUGAACCGCUCCAUGCUGGAGGACGGGCAGACGCUGCGGUGCGCGGCCCACCACCCGGCGCUCGCUGCGGGGAAACAGAAGUCGUGCUCCUUCAACCUCAAAUAUCCGUACCCCAAAGGCGAGCCGAUGGCCACGGCUCUCGAGGGGUCCAGCAUUACUCUAACCUGCACUGAGCACGUCUCCAUCCCCCCUGCAAACACCACCUGGAGGAAGGGGCUCCAGCAGGAGGACAUCGUCCCCGGAUCCAAGUACGUCCUGACGGAGGAAGGCCCCGUCCUGAAGCUGACCAUACACAACAUCAGCAAGGACGACGAAGGCGUGUACUUCUGCCGCAGCGAGAACCCCCUCGCCGUGCGCGAGCUGGAGGUCUACCUCACUGUGAAGAACUCCUCUGCAUACACAGGAGGUGUCAUCGGCUUCUUCAUCGCUGCGCUGAUCGUGGGAAUAGCCGCCAUCGUGGCUAAAACAAUUUACUCCAGCCGACACCGCAUUUGCCUUGGAGAUGGCUUUGGGCGCAUGGAGGAGGACCAAGGAGACGUGCUGAGUCUGGUGGAGUCGGAUGAUGAGCAGAUCUUUCAGGACGCUGUUCCCCGGCUGCCUCCGAUAACCAACGGACUCAGAACAACGCUCGUCCAGAUACAUCGAAUCCCGUCCAGUGAUCAUGAUGACACAGAAACUGCUGACCGGAGCCCGCAGGACGAUACUGUACGGAUAGAAACGUCAGCGGAUCUUGUAACAUUUUAGGUAUCGGGUGUUUUUUUUAGAUACGUGUUUUAUUUGAGGUAAAUACCUUUUACUCCCAAGGACAAUGUGAACGGAAUCGGUGGAAGAUACAUGUAUAAUAAAAGAAUCAUCUAUUUGAA